UCACGUGACCCACGCUAACCGCCAUCUUUGCUUAUCGUAUAAACAGUGCGACCGGGCUCAGCGCGAAUUCUUGUUAAGAAAUCAUAGUUUUCUAGUGUUCUUAAGUGAUCCUAAUACGAAGAAAUGUCUGAUAUCAAGGCAGAGAGCAAGAAUGAUAAUAGCAUCGAAGAUGUACCAAAGGAUCAGUCGACAGAGGAGAAAUCAACACCAACUAAAAACAGACGUGGUGGUACGAAAAGACUAUCAACAUUUGAGAGAGCAGCACAAGAAAGUAAAGAAAUUACAAAGAAUUUAAGUCCAAGUGGGGAAAUGGAAGGAAGGAGACGUACUCGUAGUUCAGCUCGUGGCUUGACAGCGUCAUUGCCAAUACCUUCACCACCAAAGAAAGAAAAAAGAGAGCCAGCAACUCCAAGAGGUACAGGACGUGGUCGUCGUGGACGCCCCAAAAGACAAGAGAAAAAUAACGAAAACAAUACGGAUGAGGAAGCUCCAAAUAAUAAAAAUGAAAAGCAUUCUGAGGAAGAAUCUUCGAAAAUGGAAGUUGAAGAAAGUAAAGAAAGUAAAGACAGUAAAGACAGUAAAGACACAGAAGUAUUGGAGAGCGAAGAUAAAGCUGUAGAAGAAGUUGAAAGUAAAGAUGCGACUGAUAAAUUGCCUGAAACAAAUUCCAAGGAAAAUAAAGGAACGGAAGAAUCCGAAAAUUCUGCAGAAGAAUCUAAAAGCACUGGUGUCAGUGAAGAAAAGAAAGACGAAGAUAUUAAGGAUAGUUCAGACUCCAGUCAAGAUGCGACAGAUUCAACGGCAGAAGUACCACCGUCUUCAUCGGAAUCCCAAAAUCCUUCUAAUGUUACUCCUUCUGAUGAAAAUAAGGAAUAACCUUCUUCCGCCUAUUUUAUUACAUUCUCAUCAGGUACGAAGGCGGCGCACACAUUGGGGUAUACAAAUCCACGCCCCAGGUCUAUUCUAAUUGACACCUGUUGCCAAUCGUUAUUCUAAUCAGCGCAUUUUGUUAUUAGUUAACAUGAUAAUUUUUGACAUUCAAACAUUUUUGUUUGAAUUAUUCAUAACAACAAUAAAAAAGAAAACAAUAAUAAUAAUAUGACAAUGAAAAAAAAAUUCUUUAUUUACAUGCAUUUUUCGUUGCAUGUAUUUUUUUUUAAAUUAGAUUUUAUUUGUUAUAUAGGUAAAAAAUACCUAAGCGUUGAUUGGAAAUGGUGAUUGUGAGUGAAGGUGGGAGCAUAUGUUCAUGUACAAUGAUAAUAUUAUUGUAAAAUAUAUUUAAUAUGGACUUAUAUAGAGAGAAGUUGAUUUCAAAUCAGAACUGAAGCGGAAGUUUUUGAAAAGCAGUCUUCCAUAUUCGGAUCUGAUAUGGAAAUAACUGAAAUUAAUUCGUACAUAGCAAAUUACUGUAAUAUCUUACUUAUAUAAAUGAUGACUGAAUGAUAAGGAAUAUAUGAGAAAUAUGGUGAACUGAUUUCUUUUUUGCAUGAAAUGCAAAAAUAAACCUUAUGAGAAAUGUGUGGGAACGUAAAUCCAUUAUGUGUCCUUUCUUUUGUAAUGUUACUAAUGUUAAUCAUUCUUUUACUUUUUCUUCUGUUUUUUCUUUUUUAAUGUAACUAAUGCUUCUUUUAUGAAACAUUGUAUUUUACCAUAAUAUAUUGUAAUAUUUGUUUUCGAAGAAAGUGUAAAUUUAUAUAACUUCAAAUUUCUCUUUAUCUGAAAAAUGUAAUUUUUGCUAAAAUUGUACAAUAAGUGUCAUGUUUAUAAAAAGAUCUAACACAAGUAUAUAUAAUUUUUACUUCUACUGGUCCAUUAUUAAAUAUGUUAAUAUUAUUGUGUGUGUAUUUGAACGGUUGUGAAUGUACAGAUAUGAUUAAUACACUAUAUUUAGAAAAUCCACACUUGAUGAGACACCAAUAAUAUAUAAAUUUAAACGAACGAAAAAAAAGAUAUAAAGUAAAACAAGAAACAUUGUAAAGUAUAUAAUCAUGUGCAAUGGGAAGAAUAUUUAAGUUUAAAAGCAUCUCUAGAUCGUACAGUGGUGGAGUCUUACAAUUAGAAUCAAAUACUGUUAUUUUAUAUUGCAAGACUCGCAAAUCUCUGUAAGUUUGUCUACUACUUUUGCAAAAAUAUUGUAGUGGUGUAAAAAGAAUUUAUUUAAAUUGUGUACCUUUAAGUACUGUGGAUAAACUUUGUCAUUCCAUG